UCUUUCCUAAGUUGUGUGUGAACAUGGCGGUCGGUAAAAAUAAGGGGCUGUCGAAAGGUGGUAAAAAAGGUGUGAAAAAGAAGAUCGUCGACCCGUUCACACGUAAAGAUUGGUAUGAUGUCAAAGCCCCGUCUAUGUUCACCAAGAGACAAGUGGGCACCACCCUUGUCAACCGUACCCAGGGAACAAAAAUUGCUUCAGAAGGCCUGAAAGGACGUGUCUUUGAAGUAUCACUGGCUGAUCUUCAAGCUGACACUGAUGCGGAAAGGUCUUUCCGGAAGUUCCGUUUGAUUGCCGAGGAUGUCCAGGGACGCAAUGUCCUCUGCAAUUUCCAUGGCAUGGACCUCACCACUGAUAAACUCAGAUGGAUGGUAAAGAAAUGGCAGACACUCAUAGAAGCUAACAUUGAUGUGAAGACUACAGAUGGGUACUUGCUGCGAGUGUUCUGCAUCGGAUUCACCAACAAGGACACGCUCAGCCAACGCAAAACCUGUUAUGCUCAGCACACCCAGGUCAGGGCUAUACGCAAGAAGAUGUGUGAAAUCAUCACCCGUGACGUGACCAACUCUGAACUGCGUGAAGUUGUCAACAAACUGAUACCGGACUCUAUCGCUAAAGACAUUGAAAAUGCCUGCCGCAGCAUCUACCCACUUCGGGAUGUUUGCAUCAGGAAGGUUAAAGUGUUGAAGAGGCCAAGGUUUGAGAUUUCCAAGCUUAUGGAGUUGCACGGCGAAGGUGGCGGCGGCAAGAGAGGCGAAGCGGGCGACAAAUCUGAGCGGCCUGAAGGCUAUGAACCGCCCGUGCAAGAGAGCGUUUAAAUAAACUUUU